AUGACGGUUGCGGAGGCCGCACCUUUGGCGCCGGAAGUGCCAAAGACUGGUGACGAUCUGGUCCAGCAGACCGAGGAGCUAAACCUUAAGCAAGAAUCGAAACCCGGGGAGCAGGACUUCCCGGCCCACAGGUCCCAUGACCCGGAGAAGAACAAGAAGAGAUCCGAUCCAUUUCAGUUUGGAAACCGGUACCUUGGCGAGCAGGACGACGUGUUCGAGUUCAAUGCCUGGGAUCAUGUCGAGACUGACGAUGCGUAUAAGGAGUUUGCCCAGGCUCAGUAUGAGAAGCAGCGUCAGUCUCCAGCAAAUGACUUUGAUAAAAAGAGAUUUAAUACCGAUCCUGCUAAGUGGUGGAAUCUAUUCUACAAGAAUAAUGCCGCAAACUUCUUCAAAGACCGGAAAUGGCUCCAACAAGAGUUUCCCAUUCUCGAAGACGUAACAAAAGAAGAUGCCGGCCCCCAGGUCGUCCUGGAGGUCGGCGCAGGUGCCGGAAAUACGGCUUUCCCACUGAUUGCCAGGAACAAAAACCCGCAACUAAAAGUACACGCGUGUGAUUACUCCAAGAAGGCCGUAGAGGUGAUGCGCAGCCAAGAGGCGUAUAACACGGAUGUCAUGCAAGCUGAUGUCUGGGACGUGACGGGAGAUGAGCUCCCUCCCGGACUCACCGAGGGCUCCGUGGACGUUGUCGUUUUGAUCUUUAUAUUCUCUGCCCUCUCCCCAACUGAGUGGGACAAGGCCGUGGAUAACAUUCAUCGACUGCUGAAGCCUGACGGGCACGUCUGCUUCCGAGACUAUGGAAGAGGGGACCUCGCUCAGGUGCGGUUCAAGAAGAAUCGCUAUCUUGACGAGAACUUUUACGUUAGGGGUGACGGGACGAGAGUCUACUUUUUCGAGGAAGACGAGUUGACCAAGAUUUGGUCUGAUAAGUUUGAGAUCGACGCCCUAGGGCGGGAUAAUAGGCUUUUAGUGAACAGGGCGUCGCGUAUCAAGAUGUACCGAUGCUGGAUACAGGGUCGGUUUAGGAGAAAAUAG